CUACAUACACGCCUACACACACGCAGAGGCGUGGCUUCGCCCCCUCCAACCUUUACUACUCUCUCACCUGUCUGUUUACACUCACACACUGUGUACACAUCUGACUCGUUGAAGUGGACGUUUGAGCCAUGGACUCUCCACCGAGAGACUUUCCGGUUCGACCGGGCUUCCAGAGAGUGGAGAUCCACAAGACGACGUGGGAGAUCCCGCAAAGAUACACCGCUCUGCGGGCGGUUGGAUCUGGUGCCUACGGCACAGUUUGCUCUGCCAUAGACCAGAGGACCAAGGAGAAGGUGGCCAUUAAGAAGCUGUAUCGUCCUUUCCAGUCUCUCAUCCACACCAAAAGAGCUUACCGGGAACUCAGACUGCUUCGCCACAUUGAGCAUGAAAAUGUCAUAUGCCUCCUCGACGUAUUCACACCUGAUUCCUCCGUGGAGAAAUUCCAAACCUUUUAUAUGGUGAUGCCAUUUGUAGCGCAGGAUCUGGGCCACAUCAUGAAGAAGCGGAGAUUAACAGUUCGCAUUAUCACGUACCUGUUCUACCAGCUUCUCAGAGGACUUAAGUACAUUCAUUCUGCUGGCAUCAUCCACCGGGACCUAAAACCUGGUAACCUGGCUGUGAAUGAGAACUGUGAACUAAAGGUAAACUUGCGUAAACUGAAAAAAAAAAAAAAAACGGAUGCGCAAUAUUUUUUGUGUGUGUGUGGUUUGUUAGGGGUGGGGGGAGGGGGUUUCGCCUUUCAUGAUAAAUGUUUAGUUUUAUGUUACCAGAUAUUGGAUUUUGGCCUUGCAAGGCACGCAGAGACCGAGAUGACUGGUUAUGUGGUGACCCGCUGGUACCGAGCUCCAGAGGUCAUAUUGAACUGGAUGCACUACAGUCAGACAGUGGAUGUGUGGUCAGCCGCCUGUAUCCUGGCCGAGAUGAUUACCGGCCAGGUUCUCUUUCCUGGACAUGACAGUAUUGAUCAACUGAAAAAGAUCCUCCGCCUGACUGGAACUCCUGACCAUGCCUUGGUGCAGAAGAUGCAGAGUAAAGAUGCACAGUCAUAUGUUCAAGGUCUCCCUGCGCAAAAGAAGAAAAACUUCAAAGAGGUUUUUCCAUCCAUGGAGGAAAAAGCUGUGUCGCUAUUGGAGGCCAUGUUGAUGCUGGAUCCGGACACAAGGCUGACAGCCACACAGGGACUUUCGCACCCCUUCUUGGCAGAAUACCAUGACCCGGAGAGCGAGCCCGACUCGCAGCCUUAUGACGACUCCUUUGAGAGUCUAGAGCUCGCCAUUGGGGAGUGGAAGAGUCUCAUCCAUAUGGAGAUCAUGACUUUUGACCCAGAUGACCCCAGUCACACAGCCAUUUAGGGAGAUGCAGCGGUAGCAGAUUUGCAUUUAAUAUUGAAUCGCCCCUUAAACAUUCUUGUCAUCAGAUAAAAGCUAAAUGUUAAUUAUUUUGAUCUAACUAUGCACAUGUGAAUGUUAUUCUCUAGAUGUAAGCACAUUCUAGACACAAUAAGCCACUAGAAGGUUGGAGGAGUUGACACCCUCCCAAAAAAAUUCUCCUUUCACUUGGAAGUUGUAGUGCAUCGCAUUUGCAAAUGAUGUAUUCUGCCCUACCUUAAUAUGCUUUAUAUAUGAUAAGGCAAUGAUUCUCUUGUCAGUUCAUGCAAUACUUUGCAAUGUAACUUUGCAAUGUAUUUUUUUAUGCGUUCAUCUAGCGCUGUGGCAUUUGUCAAAGUAGAACAUUAUAUUGCUGUUGCUGUUAAAAAAAAAGAGAUUUAAACAAACGCGAGCUUGUCAAUAUUUAGAAAUGUAUAUUUUAAUGUUGACUGAAACUCAGCUAUCCAUUGUACUAAUCCUUACUGAACUGGGACCAAAUGAUGUAAUUAGACUUUUUUUUUCAGUUUUGAUCAAAGACAAUGCCUUUAGUAUACCACCAGCAUAUAAACUGUCAUGUCAAGACAUUAUAAUGCAGAGUUUAUCCGUAUAUCUGAAAAGGCCAGGAUUUAUGCAGUUGUCAUGUGAGUACCUAUGCAUUAAUUAUUGGUUAUUUAGUUAUCGUCUUAUUCACUGUAUUUUUUGUCCUGCUUA